GGCAAAAAGGCCUGACAUUGAGAAUAUAGAAUAGAGUAGAUGAGGAUAAUAUGAAUUGGAGAGGUUGGCUUGGCUGAGUUUGUGCUAAAGCAGAACAUUACCAACCAGUAUGUUUUGCAUUCACUCGGGAAACUGAAAAAUGUGGGCAUAUAUUCAUGUUCUUCAUGAGCUCUUCAACCGUUUUAUGCGACAGCUUAAUCUUUUUUAAUCAGAAACUGCUUUUGAACUCUUUCGUCUCGCAUGGUUCAUCCAACUUUGUGAUUCAGUUGGGCAGCAAAACGAGGCGGCUUAAUGGAUUCAUUUCAAAAGCGGAAAAGCAUAGUGGGCAUUCAAGGAAGAGCAGUUGGUGGCAGAAAUUCUUUUUCGAAGAUGAUGGGAAUUGGCUUGGUCUGAGGGACGAGGAUAUGGUGGAUACUGAGGCUGAGGUCGUGGCUGCGGGCGAGGCUGAGAGCACACAAGAGUUAUCAGAGGGCGAGAAGUUUGAGGCAUGGAAGCAAAGAGCUGAAGCAAUUGUGGAGUUAAGAGAGGCCCAAGAAGAUAGGAAGAACCAAGAGUAUAGGAAAUGGGAAGACUGGCUUUUGGAUGGGGACGGGAUUAGUCGGGAGGGUAACACUUCCUCUUCGGAUUGGGAGCAGGGCAUGAAGGAUUAUAGGGAUAAUGUGCGAGAUGAUUCCGGUGAUCUUCCCGCCGACAAGGGGUUGGUAGAGUCCGCUAGGUAUUUGAUUUUUGGAGGAGAAGAUGAGGACAUGCUUUAUGAAGAUCGUGUUUUCCAGUAUGCCUCAUCAAAUUCGGCAAAAUUUUUGGCAGUGUUGAUUAUUGUACCUUGGGCAAUGGAUUUUCUGGUUCAUGACUACAUACUUAUGCCAUUUUUAGACAGAUAUGUGAAGACUGUACCACUUGCAGCACAAAUGCUUGAUGUAAGAAGAUAUCAAAAACUUGAAAUAGUUGAAGAACUAAAAACUGAGAGGGGACGGUUUGAGCUUGAGGUCGAGAUUGGUAAAUCUCCACCUCUUUCUGAUGAUGAGGUUUGGUGGGAAUUAAGACAUAAAGCAUUAGAGUUGAGGGAAGAGCGGAGACAGGAAAAUCGCAGAGCAUUUGCCAACAUAUGGUCAGAUACAGUUUACGGGAUCUCUUUAUUUAUUCUUUUAUACUUCAAUAAGAGUAAAGUAAGUUCACCAUUUUCUUUCUGUUAAAUGUUUUGAUGCAUUAAUUGUUUUAUUAGACUUGUUCUCUGUCACAAAGUGAAUGUUGAGUUUGUAUGUUCACAUAAAAGUCUUACUUAUAAUCACAUAUUAAGGUACAACAGGACCAAUCAUAAAUACAUUAGAAUAAAUUAAAUACCUAAAAUUAUCAUAACUCCAACCCUAAUUUGUUGUUAUAGAUGCUAUCUAACAUGCCUCUCAAAUUAGAACAUAUGCCAUAUGAGUCAACCAUGUUUCAAAUCUGGUCAACAUGAGAGCCUCUAAGAAACUUUUCAAUUGGUCAAUAGGGUUGAAACAAUUUGUUUGUGAAGAGGUAUGUCAUUCACAAGUUUAAAACGGCCUACUUCAACUGACUCAAGAAGGCAUUUUUAGGGGUCAUAUUGGAGUCAUUUGAUUAUUCAGUUAUUGGUUGACAUCAUAGGAGAGACUAUGUUGUCUAGUGAAAACAUAUUUUUUUAUAAAAAAUUGACAUAUAACAGAAGAAUGAUGCUAGAAAUUAAAAAAAAAUAGUUUUUUAUAAGAAUGAUGUUAAAAGGUUUCAAUAGGUAUUGAAAAGAAGUUUUCAAAUGAAAAAUAAAAAUGAAAAGUUGACAGUUUGUUUCUAUUAUAAGAAGCAAUUUAAAGCUAAACAAUUUGUAAAGAGGUAUAUCAUUCACAAAUUUAAAACGGCAUCCUUUCAAUUGACUCAAGAAGGCGGUUUUAGUGGCAUAUUGGAGUCCUUUGAAGGAUUAUUGUUUGACAUCAUAGGAGAGUCUAUGUUGUCUAGCGAAAACUAAGUUUUCAAUUUAAAAUGACAUAUAGAAGAGUGAUUCUAGAAAUUUGAAAAAAUAGUUUUUGAUAAAAAUGGUUAAAAGGCUCCAAUAGGUAUUGGAAAAAAGUUUUCAAAUAAAAAAUAAAAAUGAAAAGUUGACAGUUUGUUGCUAUAAGAAGCAGUUUAAAGCUAAACAAGGCACAGGGCAAGUGGCAGAAUCAUAAUAAAAGGGAGAUCUCUGAAGACACCUUUCAAUAUCUACAAUAGGUGUCUUUAGUUUUAAGUGUACUAUAAAUAGGAAAAUAUUUCUAGUAUUUUAGUUUGUCAUGAACCCUUACACACUUCUUGUGUACCAAAUU